AAUAGCCUCACCUGCCAUCACGACCAUGAAGCUGUUCAUCCUUCUCGCUGCCACCAUCGCGCUCGCUUUCGCCGGCCGGGUCGACAUCAACCUCGCCACCGCCGUGCAGAAUGGCGAGACAACCGCGAUUCUCCAGCUACCCCAAAUCAUGGCGCAGGUCGAGGCCAACCCAGCGCUCCGUUCGCUCUCCGGCGACGCCAAGGUGACCGCACUGGUCGCUUCACUUCAAGGACUCACAUCCGCUGCGCAGGCGCCCUACGUCUCCGUCGCUAACUCCCUCGGCCUUGAAACGAAACAAUUUUGGUCCUCCAACAUAAUUCUGGUUAAGGGUCUCACCCCUGAAAAGUUGUCGCUUCUUGAAGCCACCCCGGGGGACUUUACCCUUCGGAAACAGCACACUUUUUCUGCAUUUCCUACGAUCAGCCACGGACCAGCCGCCCCGCUCAGGCAGGGCCUUAACCAAUGGGGCGUUAACAAAAUCAGGGCCCCCGAAGCCUGGAACCGCACGCGAGGAGAGGGCAUCGUCGUCGCUAUCAUUGACACUGGUGUGAACGUUGAUCAUGUCGCACUUAAGGAGGGAUAUGCAGGUGCCUGGGCCGACCCGCACUACAACACUCCAGGCCCCACAGACGUCGAUGGACACGGAUCCCAUUGCGCAGGAACUGUUCUCGGGACCACGAAUGGCGUCGGCGUUGCUCCUGGGGCGAAAUGGAUUGCCUGCCGGGGACUUAAUCAUCAAGGAGAUGGAGGCGAGGCGUCCAUGACGACUUGCGCCGAAUUCGUGCUAACGGCCAACCCGAAACCGCAUAUCGUCUCAAAUUCUUGGGGCGGUAGGGGAGGAAGCACUUUUUUUAAUCCGCAAAUUUCUGCUUGGCGCGCGGCGGGAAUUAUUCCGGUUUUUGCAAUUGGAAAUUCUGGUCCAAAUUGUCGAACGGCAGGCUCACCCGGCGAUCAGCCGAAUCUGAUUGCCGUGGGAAAUACGGAUGAACAAGAUGCAGUCGCCAUUCCCCCGUCGAAUCCAUCCUCACGAGGCCCGAGUUCCACGGGGCUCUUGAAACCGGAUGUUUCCGCGCCAGGAACUAGAGUCGUCUCAUGUGGGACGAGUGCCGAUAAUUAUGUGACCUAUUCAGGAACUUCAAUGGCUUGCCCGCACACGGCCGGAGCUAUCGCCCUGCUCCUCUCGGCCAACCCGACCUGGGGUUACGACGAGGUUUACGCCGCCCUUACGACUAGCGGUGCCACGCCCCAGCUCACCACGGCCGACAGAGGCUGCGGACUUCCGGGAGCUGGAGAUUUCCCGAAUAAUGCUUUUGGUCAUGGACGAAUCGAUGUCGCUGCUGCACUUGGAUUGUAGACGGACACAUUAUGUAUUUUCCCAAAUUGGUUUUAUUAAUAAGUAUCUACAUAAAUCAUGCAAAAAAUAAAUUAGAUUGGCGUCCAAAGAAGUUUUGCCUGUGAAAAGUUUAGCUUAAUUCGUAAUUAAAAUAAAUCCAGUACCGUUUAAACAAA